AUGACAUUGAAUUGGAUCCGGUAUUUCGAUAUGCUUCGAGCGGAUAUCGGACCGACUAAGUAUCUCAUCGACUCAUUCGGUAAUCUCUCUCAUAUGGACAAACGACCACUGGAAACAGAGUCAAGAAAGAGAAAGCCCCUCCUUACCAUCAUAUCGCGUGCCCAUACUGCGAGUAUGAGAUAUGUUAGAUAUGACAAGAUGAACGAGCCGGGAUCACAUUUGGAGAACCCAGGCUCGUUUUGGUGGCGCCCAAUUAAGAUGGGCUCCACACUAGAAACAUUGCCUUCGUUGGGCUGGUCGAAUUCUUGUGUUUACUCGUUUCGAAACAUGAGUUGCUUCAUCAGCGGCUUCCCCGGCGUCUUUGCAUCACCACCGCCCGCACAUACUAUUAUCGCCAAACAGCCUUUCGCCGAGAAAGCGCGAAAAUACUGGCACCAGUCUACGGAAUACCGUGUUGAGGGCUUCCAUACAAUAUCUAGAUGGAAGCGGCAACCAUGGGUUCGAUUUCUGGAGAGACUUGAAAUACUCUUCAGCAAGCUCGACAACGGGACGGGUUCUUGGAGAUAUCCAAAACGUCUUUGCGAUAUCUUAUGCAUAGCCUUUAGCGGAGCUAAUGACCGUGACACGCAUACUGGAGGCUUUGGUGGAGCAGCGCGUCCGCGUAAGGUCACACUGAUUGCCUGCAUCGAGGAGCCAGAACCUCUGAAUCGCCGCUCUGUUAUUAAGGCUUCUACGACCUCACAGGCUCCAGUUGUCGAUGGGAAAGCCCCACCCAAGCGCAUCGAGUUGUUGCGAAUUUCAUCCAGUAUCCUGAGACAGUUCAAACAGCGGUUGCCUCCUCCGUUGGCGUCUCCAUUCAAAUAUUAUGAACUUCUAGAGAACCUCCAUCGUCCAGGUGCAUCAGGAAUGUUCUCCAGAGCCUCUUCCUAUAGAAACACCACACCGCUCCCCGCCUCGAUUGGACACACCACUGAUAGCUGUAUCACUCCAGACAUGACUUUAAUAUCCGUGCCCAAUGUAUCAUAUCCUUCCACCGGGCUUCCCUUUAAUUCAUUCAUGGAACGGCCCUGGCAAGCUAGCCCGAUAAGUCGGCGGUACCCUGUAGUCGUAGGCGAAUUUCAAUACUCUCUAAAGCUGGAGGAUGCUCAUCUAUACACAAAGGCCGCCAAACCACCUUCACCGUUCUCGACUCAAGUCAUAGCUCUGGAAACACCGCCAGGCGAGAAAAACAUAAUAGUAGCGAUGGCAAAAUCAGGCGUAUUCCCGCAUGGCAGCAACAGCACUCGAGAUCGAGACCGCAAUAAAAUGGGGUCAGAAGGACUCCGACAACGCCGUGUGGGAUUCCCGAGCUUUGUGAUAUCGAAAGAGGAUCGUCUUCUGGCGAUUUCUGAACCCCGAAGACGCAAAUACGUUAAGGAGGAAACCUUCGGUACCAAAAAAUUUUAUAACCCGGGCGAAAUGGAUCGUGAGGAGUUUCUGAGGUUUAAGAUGUCCAAAAUGGAUCGCUUUUCGACAAUACCUAAACGACAAAGAGACAUGUUAAGAUCUCUACCCAUUUACUAUGAGCAUAUUGGUGCUCGAAUUGUGCGUCAAGACCUCCGUUAUUACUGCGCUAGGAUGGCCAGCCACGCAACCAUCAUGUUCGUGCAAGGGGAUAUCAAAUUACCAGUCUACGUUGUAACUUCCCUUAACACUCCGCUAUGGGAAAUUUCAGAGAUGAGAGUCGAUGAUAACAAGACCGACGUUGGCAAUGUUGUCUUCGCCAAAUGGUUUAACCGCCAACUUGCUAGAUCGUAUGUACGAUACCGGAUGCUAAAAUUCGAAACAAAAUAUGUGGAUAUAUUGCUUCGAGAACGUCACCACUGUUAUUUUCCUAAUCGUCAACUUGGGAUGCCAUAUUUCAGAGAUGCUCUCUUCUUUCAUGAAGCGGAAUUGAGAACCCGUUGGAAAACUAAAAACAAGCUCAAAAAGCUGACCAUGGGAGAUACUAGACCAGCAGUAAAUAAACUAGCUGAGCACGAUCAUCGGCUGUUCAGAACACCCCUCUUAGGGAAUCGAAAAACAUUGUCUCCCGCAACUGGUAGAGGUCACCCGACACACUUCGAGCGACGAGUUCCAGUCCGUACGGCUUCUAUACAACCCCAUGCCGGACUUCCAGCGGUCCAAGAAUUCAAUCAUCCUACUUCUCAGAGUGGGCUUGUGAAAUGGAGUUCGGAGGCCGUUAGUACUCUUGGAUCUAGUGUCUGGCUAUCUGAAAGUUCCGAACAGAUUUUUCACUACUCUGAAUUUGCUAAUUCCGAAUCAGUCGAAUAUCUGAACAAGUUCGCCGUGUUGACACUAAUUGUUCGGGCCUCCUUCACCCUCAAAACGCAAUCACUCGCUGUUCCACAAUUCGGUAAAGACCCCUGGGAUAAACUUGAAGUUGGUUCCGAGUUGGCAGGCAAACAUGUCAACACGAAGCUAUCGGAGAACUUUGACGGAUGGGACCCAAGUUCUCGUCGAUUGAUCCGUCUACGCGCCCUCCAAGGCUUUUACGCAAUCCCACAACAUGGAAUAAAGAGCACACUUCCUAAACCCCAGGCCAAAUGA